GGCGUGGCUAGCACUCACCUGGGACGCGCCUCGCCUCCAGCGACGUCACGGGCCCAAAGCAGCCCCGCCCCUCGCCUCCGCCACAUCGAUCGCGACUACAAGUCCCAUCCCGCCCCGCGCUGACGCUCACGACGCCACAGCAAGAUGGCCGACACUGCGUCCACAACCGGGGCUGGCGGCUCUGGAACGAGAUCAGGAAGUAAACAGUCCACUAACCCUGCUGAUAACUACUAUCUGGCCCGGAGGAGAACCUUGCAAGUGGUGGUGAGCUCCUUGCUGACCGAGGCAGGAUUUGAGAGUGCUGAGAAAGCUUCUGUGGAAACGCUGACUGAAAUGCUGCAGAGCUACAUUUCCGAAAUUGGAAGGAGCGCCAAGUCGUACUGCGAGCACACAGCCAGGACCCAGCCCACGCUGUCGGAUAUCGUGGUCACACUGGUUGAGAUGGGUUUCAACGUGGACACUCUGCCUGCAUAUGCAAAGCGGUCUCAGAGGAUGGUCAUCACUGCUCCUCCGGUGACCAAUCAGCCAGUGACCCCCAAGGCCCUCACAGCGGGGCAGAACCGACCCCACCCGCCGCACAUCCCCAGCCACUUCCCAGAGUUCCCGGACCCCCACACCUACAUCAAAACCCCGACAUACCGGGAGCCCGUGUCCGACUACCAGGUCCUGCGGGAGAAGGCUGCGUCCCAAAGGCGUGACGUGGAGCGGGCGCUCACCCGCUUCAUGGCCAAGACAGGCGAGACCCAGAGCCUUUUCAAAGACGAUGUCAGCACCUUCCCAUUGAUCGCCGCCCGGCCCUUCACCAUCCCCUACCUGACUGCCCUUCUGCCCUCGGAGCUGGAGAUGCAGCAGAUGGAGGAGACAGACUCCUCGGAGCAGGAAGAGCAGCCGGACGCGGAGAACCUGGCCCUGCACAUCAGCACGGACGAGUCUGGGGCAGAGAAGGAGAACACAUCCGUCCUGCAGCAGAACCCUUCCCUGACAGGCAGCCGAAACGGGGAGGAGACCGUCAUCGACAACCCCUACCUGCGCCCCGUGAAGAAACCCAAGAUCCGCAGGAAGAAGUCUCUGUCCUGAGCUGACAAGAAAGCCUGGCUCACAGAGGGACACAGAUGCAACCUUCCCAGGAGAGUUGAAGCCACUCGGGGAAGAAGCGGGUGACCUGGUGACUGAGCAGAGGCAGGGUGUGAUUGCGCAAGAUUUUAAUAGCAAACCACAUCAGGAUCACUGGUUUGCAAGCGCAAGGUCCUGAGUUCAAUUCCCAGUACCAAAAAAAAAAAAAAAAACCAAGCUGGGCGUGGUGGCUCAUGCCUAUAAUCUCAGCGCUCGGGAGGCUGAGGUGGGAGGAUUGUUUCGAGUUUGAGACCAGCCUGGGCUACAAAGUGAACUCAAGGCCAGCCUGAACUGCAUAGUGAGACCCCAUCUCAAAAAAGACAAAAAAAAACCACAAAAAACACUGGCUUUCACCACCGGUCUGAAUGGAGGAGGAAGUGAUGGGAAUGACGAGACUUCCCACAUCAGCUGGCCUCGGAGCUGUGUGCUGGGCCCAGGGAUAGCUGGGACUUCGUUUAGCAUCACAGGCCUGGAUUCCGUGGAAAGCCCAGGAGGACUGUGCUGGGGCUGUGCUUUCCUCCAGCAAGUCUGUGCCCGGUGUGGGUUCCGGGCUCAGGGACCCCCUCUCACUGACUCACAAACAGUUGUGGCACCAGUGUGACCACCAGAACCUCAUGCUUGUUUUCCUCCCUGCUCUGAGCUGCAAGAGCCCUGUGAAGCUGCUGGAAAAGUCCCUUGUCCCUUGUCAUGUUGGGCGCAGGAAAUCCUAUGUCAUAGCUUUGGCCUGGCACUGGCUGGCAUCCGGCCCCACGGGCAGAAGUGUUAAGGUGGGGGACAGAGAUGGCAGGGCAGCGCUCUUCCAGGUAGGGGCAGCCUGAGAAAGUGUCAUUUGCUGUCCUACCAUGGAAUGUGUACUUGGGAACCACCGGGACCUCCCCCUCCAGAGAUUUCCCCAGCCUGGCACAGUGGACAUGUGGUGCUGUGACUCUCUCAGAAGGGAGCAGCUGAAGGUUUUAAAGAAGACACAAAGUAGUCAGAGGUCAGGCUGGCGUUCUGCAGACUGGGCCUGACUUUGUGUUCGGAAGCCCAGAAGCCUGGCUGCUCUGCGCAGGGCUGGAGUGGGCAGGAGCUGCGGGGCAGGGGAUGACCAGAGCCCUGGGCCGAGCCAGGGUUUCUCCACAAAGCAGGUCCCUCUUGGGUGAGGGUACAUUCAUCCCUGAUGUACCCUGCACACCGGAAACCAAGGGUUUAAGGGCGCUGUCAGGCUCGCUGAUGUCCCUUGACUGGGAUGGGAAGAAGAGAUUUUAAAAUGGGGUCCAUGCAGAAAGAGUGCCGUGGUGACCAGAAGUGAGCGUGGUUAGACGGCUUUGCUCCUGGGUUGGGCUCCUGCCGGUCUUGUUAUCAGAGCUGCCCCCCGCUGUCAUUUCCCUGUGUGGACACUUGCCAACAUCUGCCCAGUGACCGUCGUGAAGGAACUGCAUAGUUCUCCAUGUGUAUUUAUAACUUUUUUUUGGUACCGGGGAUCAAACUCAUGACCUCGCGCUUGCCAGAGGCAGGCACUUGUGCCACUGAGCUACAUCCCCAGCCCUCCAUGUGUAUUUAUAAAUUUCUAUUUUUGUAA